UUCUCGGGCCGGGCGUGGUGGUUUGACUGAAACUAAACUCCGCUCGCUAAAUCCAAUCUCCAAGCCAGAUUACCGAAGCAAAACCCCCCUCCCCUCCCUCCACCUCCUCCUCGGAAAUCCCAUCGCUGCCCUUUCGUUUUCCCAUUUUCACCACGUACCGUCUUUAACCAUUGACACCUAUGUUUUCACUCUCGCUCGGAAAGAAUUUAAGAAUUUAAAGGGGUCCAAGGAAGAAGAAGAAGCUUCCGUUGUUUUCUCCCAAGUCCCCCCCUUCUCUCUCUCUCUCUCUCUCUCUCUCCCCACCGUGAGUGAGCCCGAAAAAAGAAAAAGAAAAAUCUAUUUUGAGCAGCGAGAGGGUUUUAAUGAUGGCGGACGAGGUAGAUUUUGCAGAGGAAGACAACGUUGAUGAGAGCGGAAGUUUCUGUCAGUUGCUUCUGGCGAAUGGGGUGGAGGGUGUAGAGCCCGCGAUGGAAAAGCAGAGCUUCAUCUUCCCGAAGGACAAGAAGUCUCCCCAGAUGCUCUGUUUCGGAAGAGACGUAGCUGAAGAGCGAGGCCGGUCUCUGCUUUUCCAUCAGAGCCAACAAGCCACGGUCGCAUGCACUCCUCCUGCUUCUGCUUCACUUCCUCCUCCCUCCUGCACUAAAAGCACAAGCUGCAACGCACCUCGCAAGCCCAGGAGGAAGAGAGGAGGGUCUAGUCAGGAAUCGUUAGUAACUUCCAAGGAUGAUGUCCCAAUCCGAAAAACUAGUAAAAAGAGCAAAAUUCAGAGCCCUCCUUCAAAAGCUCUUCCAAAGGGGAGGAGAGAGAAGCUUGGGGAGCGAAUCCUGACGCUGCAGCAGCUGGUUUCACCCUUCGGAAAGACAGAUACGGCGUCAGUGCUGCACGAAGCGAUGGGAUACAUCAAGUUCCUGCAUGAACAGGUUCAGGUCCUGUGCUCUCCUUAUCUCCAACAGCCAUCCACACCAACCCACCUCCUCCCUGAGUUUGGAGAAAACGGUGGACAAGAAGGAUCAAGUAAGGACCUGAGGAGCAGAGGACUGUGCCUAGUCCCCAUGGCAUGCACUUAUCACUUGCAAAGUAGCAAUAAUGGAGCUGAUCUUUGGUCACCUUCAAUGGCCACCAGCUUUUCUUCUUCUUCCACCAAAGAGUAAAAGAGAUAGAAGAAAUCACCAGCCUCAGUUUCCCAGUUUUAGGGCAAAGGUAGGGUACUUUUGGAGAGGAGUGAUGGGACUCUGCUUGCCAUGACUUUUUGAAGGAAAAAGGCCAAGGAAAGAUGUGGCAAAACUUAGCAUAAAAAGGUAGGUGAAGAGAAAACCAGUAGUGCAAAAGAUGGUACAUCUUCCUUUUCUUGAGGGUGAAGAAAGAACAGUACUGAUGAAAUGAUUGGGGCGGGGAAAUGCGAAAGAACAAAAAAGAAGUGGAAGGGCAAGUGUGGGUGUUUUGGUUGUUUUGUGAUUGUGAAGAACAGAGUCACGAGCAGCUGUCUUUUUGCCCAGCUGCUUUGGCUUGGGCAUAGGCUUGUGUCUUGGCUGAUAUUGAUGCUGUAAGUACAUGUGUAACUUUUCAUUUUCCAUAGAAACUGAUUACUGAUAACUUUCUAAAAAG